UUAUUGUGCGCUUGUGUGGUUCCGGUAGCGCUCCCUCCUCCAAAUAAGCGCCCUUUCUUGAACGUUUCGCUCUCGAUCUCUCCUUUCCCUGCGGUGUUCCCGGACUGCUGUCAGUCUAUUUCGUAUUCCUGCUACAACAGUAUCUAUUACACUACGUAGAAUAAGAUGGCUGCUGAUCGCUACAAUAUCCACAGCCAGUUGGAGCACUUGCAGUCUAAAUACGUGGGCACGGGACAUGCAGACAUCACCAAGUUUGAAUGGCUGGUGAAUCAACACAGAGACAGUUUUGCAUCCUACAUGGGACGUCCCAAUCUCCUCGAGUUCUUUGCUGUUGCAGAGAAUGAGAGCAAGGCUAGAGUCAAGUUCAGCUUUCUUCAGAAAAUGCUGCAGCCUUGUGGAGCUCCUCCAGAGAAAGACGAAGACGACUAG